ACUUCCUGCACAGUGUUAUAAAGGAUAAUCACUCUUGGGUCAGACUGGUCAGUUUUUCGGAGAUGCGGUUGAGUGAGGAAGUUGGACCGUGUGUGCUGGUGGUUUGAGAUCAGAAGAGAGGGGUAAGGACAGGGUAGCGUGCGUGUUCUCGUCCCUGCUGGUCAGGGUACGAGUAGGGAGCUGGCCUCCCCAAACUGAGGAAUCUUCUGAAUCUUAUUUUGUCAUCUUUCCCAGUGUAGACAGAUGGAGGAACAACACGCUGCAGCCGCCCAUGUGAUGGAGGUAGAAGGCUACAUAAAAGAGUUCACCCGCCACUCCAACGAUGUAUUGCUGAACUUAAAUGAACUGAGGCAUCGGGACAUUCUGACAGAUGCCACGCUGCUAGUGGGCACCGCCAAGCUGCGUGCUCAUUGCGCUGUGCUCAUCGCUUGCAGUGGAUUCUUCUACUCUCUCUUCUCUCGUCGUGUGGCCGGUGCUUGUGGCGAGCGAGGCUUUUCUCUUACCCUUCCAGAGGGGCUGGACGCGGGAAGCGUGUCACUGCUGCUGGACUUCAUGUACACCUCCCGCCUCCCUCUCACGCCCCGUACUGUGUCUGGAGUGCUAACCUCCGCCACUUACCUGCAGAUGGAGCAUGUCGCAGACACCUGCCGAGCAUUCAUUCAGAACAGUGAGAGGGUCAAUGUGAGUCCCUCCUUGAUGGAGCCAGCUUCGAGAGCGCCCCUUGGUGGCAGGUCGCCACCUGUGCAUCCCAUGUUCUUCUCCUCCCCCUCCAGGCCUACAGCUGAUGCAGAAGAUCCAAGCCCAGACCGGGCCAGGGUUCCAGGAGAGAGCUGUGCCUCCCUGGAUCCAGACACUUGCCUAAAAUUAGAAGAACCUGAGUCCUCUCCUUCAACUCCUUCCACCCCAUUUCCAAACAGUCCUUGCCAUUCCAGGGGCCACCCCAACUCACCUGCUGAGUCCAGCAGCUGCAGUCUAUCUCCCCAACUAAAGAGAUCUGAAGCUAAGCCUACUCCUGAUCCAAAAGCCUGUAACUGGAAGAAGUACAAGUAUAUUGUCCUCAACCCUCUUUUUGCCACACCUAUAAAGGAGGAGGGGCCUGAAGAGAAGCAUCAAACACAAAGCCACUCCCCCUUUGUCAGUGAUAGGAUGGAAGCCUCAUCCAUGGCACCCAGUGAUGUAUGGACAGGGGAGGAGCCUAAUAGGGAAAGCUUGUCUCAUCAAUAUAACACAUCGCAGUCAAAAAUAUCUUUUACUCCCCAUCAUGAUAUUGACCGCAAUUUGCAACUCUUGACCCUGUCAAUGACUGAGGACAAAGGUCUCUGCAGUCCUUUUCUUUGUACACCACUAUUGGAAAUAGCCAAUCAGAGGAGUCAUUUGUUGGGCCAACAUCCAAUCAAGUUUGAGAAUCUCUCUACACAGCUCAGUUACUCUGGAAAUCCUGGCAACACAAAACCUUCCUGCACAGGAGACAAGCCUUACCGCUGUAAUGUGUGUGGGGCACAGUUCAACCGGCCUGCUAAUUUAAAGACCCAUACCCGCAUUCACUCUGGAGAGAAGCCCUACCGCUGUGAUACCUGCGGAGCCAGAUUUGUCCAGGUAGCUCACUUGCGUGCUCAUGUUCUGAUCCACACCGGGGAAAAGCCGUACCCAUGUAACACCUGUGGAACUCGUUUCCGCCACCUGCAGACGCUGAAGAGUCACCUGCGUAUUCACACUGGAGAGAAGCCUUACAGCUGUGAGAAAUGUCACCUGCAUUUCCGUCAUAAGAGCCAGCUGAGACUUCACCUAAGACAGAAACAUGGAGCAAUCACCAACACCAAGAUACGUUACAAGGUUCUGGCUGACCCAUACCAACCUGGGCCCACUCUACUACAAGCUUGCUGAAGGGCAUGUUAAUAUGUGGGUAGCAGCUACUGUUUAUGUUCAUUCUUAAAAUCAGCAGAUAGUUCAAAAUCUAAGCUGAGGAUUGACAGAUCUAUAAUACAGUAUUGUAAAGCCUAUUAAGAUGUGGAGUGCUGCAUUCGAGGAGCUUAUGACAAUUAUAUCACAUAACACAUGUAGGACCUUUAAGAAUGCAAUACUCCUGCACUAGAUGUGCUGACUGUUACCUUCGUUAUUUGUUAAAAUAUUAUUAUUUAUUUUGCUUGGCUGAGAAUUCUCUCUGUUUCUCAUGUUAAUUUUAAUCAUGUUUUGUGCUGUUGCAAAAAGUAUUUUGUUGCUAGAAAAGAUAUUUCUGUCAAAAAGGAAAUUUUGUUUAGCCAGUAAAAUUGUGGCAGGUGAAAGAACGUAAUUCUAACAUUCAAAAGGGAAUGUUAGGGCCAUUGGGAAACUUUAACAAUUAUUUUCCAUACAUUUGUUCAGUUAUGAAGUUAAAGAUGGUUUGUGGUGGAGUGCGCAGCAGUUUAGUAAUAGUUCAAGAGAGACAUGAGAGCUAAAUAAAGGUAAAAUUAGCUAAGCAUGGAAUUCUGCAAGGAUGUAGGAGAGAUAACAAAGGUAAUAUAGAUGAAUAAAGAAAGUGUAAUGAGGGAAUUAAGUAUGUUUGAGAAAGAUGAGACAAAAUGCUGUCAUUUUUAUAUCUAUUAAUUUUUAUUAUUAUUAUUAUUAUUAUUAACCUGUUCAGAGAGAGUGCUCUUUUUUAUUUGUUCACGAAUCUAGUCUGACAUUUGUGCUAUUAUUCUGUUUCCUUUUUUAUUUUUUAAAUAGCAGAAUAACCAGAAUGGGGGCAAACUUAAAUAUAACCUGGUAGUUGCUUAUUUACUGCCAGUUAUUCAAUAUCUUAAUGUACUAAUUUAAAAGGCCUGGAGCCUAUUUAUUUUUUAAGUAAUAAUAAGAAAAUCUCAGAGGAUUAGCCUCUUAGUGUAUCCUCAGCUGUCUUUUACUGAUAGUUUUGUUUGAGAGAUCACAUUGUGAUGUUUAUGGUGUAUGAUAGUUUAGAGUCCAAGCAGGUUGAGGACUCUCACUAGCCAAACAAAGAUACAUGUAAAGAGUGAUGAUGAGGAUAAUAAUAUCAACAAUAUUGUGUGAUGCUCUUUUGCUGGACAAAGACAAGACCUAUUUUAUAUAAAGUUAAAUUAAUGUCUCUUAUGCUGGAUAUGUAUUCUUAGAGUGCACGUGUGGAUGUGUCUGCUUUCUCAUAUCAUGAAGUGUUUGUCAGAACCUCUUCUAUAAUCAAAUCAUCUGUGUGAGUGUCUCUCAAAAAUAAAACUGUUUAAACCUAAAA